GAGAUGCUCACAUGCUGAACCGCAGUGGUAGCAGCCUCAGUAACACGUCCCCUUGGAGACUAGGAGCAACACGUGAUGCGUCUACUUAUCAGGUUUAGUGAGCAGCGCCUAGGAACGACCUAAGUGGGAGAAAGAAGAAAAAGUGAGUUUUCUCCCUCUUGUCGACUGUCGACACUCUCCAUCGUGGGCCUGCUUCUUUCUGAAGAGAAACUUGAGGGGGGUUAAAUUAUUGAGUUGACGAACUUUGAACAUCAUCAGAAACGCCAUUUUGAUUGCUCUCCGGAACAACUUUGCAGUUUUUUUCUAAGUCCAUCAUCUCCAUUCACCAUCAUCUAUGUCGCGGUGCAAGCAGCCCAACCCCGACAAAGUCAAACUAUGAACAGAAGCUGCUGAGUGUCUCUCUCUCUCUGCACUGCCCUCUCACCUACCCGACUGUGACCCCACCACUCCAUGACCCCUUGACCCUACGGCCCCGAACUCGCAAAUGGACAUGAACAGCGGCUCCACUGAGCAGACGAGUGUUGGAGGCGGGGCCACCGCUGACAUGCCAAAGGACAUGGUCCAAUCAGACACCACACACGAGCACCUCCAAGGGAAGGCCGACAACGAGAACGAGUCGCAAAGCGCUGAGAAGGCGCUCCGGGAGGACGAUGUAAACGGCCGAGAAGGAGGCCGAGAGAUGGAGGAGGCGCGGCGCGGCGGGGAGGAGGGAGGAGACCUGACCCCCAUCAACUCCAUGAUGAACACAGUCAUGAACGCGGGGCAGAUCAACGGAGGCGUGGACCCCAUUUCCACCACCUCGACGCCCGUCAAGACGCCCAGCAAGUCGUCCCCCUCUGUGAAUCGUACGGGGAGAAGGAAUCAGGAGGUCAAAGAGGACCGCGCGACUUUCAUUUGCCCCUUGUGUGACAAGAACUGUGGCACCCAGCACGCGCUCACUAUGCACAUCAGACAGCACAACACUGAGAGCGGCGCCACCGACCACUCGUGCAGCAUCUGUGGAAAGGCCCUGAGCUCGGCCAGCUCGCUGGACCGCCACAUGCUGGUGCACAGCGGCGAGCGGCCCUACAAGUGCUCCUUCUGUGGACAGACCUUCACCACCAACGGCAACAUGCACAGACACAUGAAAAUCCACGACAAGGACCCAAACACUGUCCUGAACUCAAACCCGCCCUCCCCAACCAAGCGCAGGCGCCUCUGUGCCAAGAGGAAGCCCAGUGUGGAGGAUGACGGGGAUAUAGCUGACCAGUCACCCAAUAAAAAGGUACUGAUGGAGGAUCAGGCAGGGGAACAAGGUCGAGGGAAGCGCGAGGAGGAGCUCCUGCACUGUCCCAUCUGCUUCAAGACCUUCAUCUGUAAAUAUGGGCUCGAGUCCCACAUGGAGACUCAUCCAGACACUACUCUGAGGUGUAACCUGUGCUGCAUCACCUUCCGUACUCAUCGAGGCCUUCUCCGCCACAACUCGGUCAUCCAUAAGCAGUUACCCACCGACCCCUCAGGACGACCCUUCAUCCAGAGCAACCCCUCGGUGCCGCUGGGCUUCAGCGACCUGGCUUUCAUCGACUUCUCCUGUCACAAGUUUCCUCAAAUUGCCCAGGUUUGGUGUGAAACCAACCUGCGUAGAUGCUCAAGCAAGUUUCACCGGUUCGUGUGUGAGGUCUGCAACAAGGCCUUUCCACUGCAGGAGUCCCUGGAUCUGCACACAGCCACACACAAAUCCACCGACACCGCCACAGGUGGGGCUCAGACACCAAGUGCUGAUGACCUCACCGGCGCAGAUAAACCCGGGAUUAGCGCUGCAGAUGAGAAACAGGAGGGGGAGGGGGAGGCUGUGCCAAAGGAUCCGCCACCCUCGGAGGAUGAGCAGAAGAACAGCUUUAUGGAGUAUCUGGGCCUGCAGCACAAGUCUAAGGUGAAACCUGCCCAGUCGGAGGCGGACGUCCAGCAGGCCAUCUUGGACAGCAUCCGGGUGAUCCGCGUGGAGCCCCCUGUGACGAACCUACCUCAGGAGGCCAGCAGCACCCUAAGUCUCCCCCUGCUGGAGCCCAUCUCCCUCCAGGGUCUGACCCAGACCAGUGCCCUUAGCCUGCUCUCCCUGCAGCCCCUCACCAGGAGCUUUGUCAUCGGGCCGGACAGCAGCUUGCUGGUGAGGCCCCUCAGUGGCCAGGCCGGGGUGGACGUGCAGCAGAUCCUGAAGAUGGCCACCUCCGUGUCCUCUCAGAUGACCAUCCCCGCCUUAGCCAAGGCGUCCGGCCAUGCCCAGCAGGCCGACUCCAAGCACGUGCCGCCGCUCAAACCCAAGCCGCUGGUGACGCCGCGCUCCAGCGUGGGCACCUCCACCCCUCCACCCCCUCCCAUGAGUGCCCAGCAGGCCUCACCCGGCUGCAUCAGCCCCAGCCUGCCACCCCCGACGGGCCACCUCCUCAGGUCACCCAAUCAAUCGUCAUCUUCAUCCUCCGCUUCGUCGUCCUCUUCCUCAUCCCCCAACCAGGGUUGUAACUGGGAGAACGUGCAGAUCAGUUCCGACAGCGCUGUGACCACCGUGCCUUACGACGCCUCCCUGGGCGGUGACAAACACGAGGAGGCAGGUGGUAAUGAGAAACACAAGGCCCCCUCGAAGACCGAGUACCCCUGCCGCUUCUGCACCCAGGUGUUCUCCUUCCCCGCCGGCCUCCAGGCUCACAUGCGCCACCACCUGGGAGCCUCCCCCUACCAGUGCAGCAUCUGCAGCUACGCGGCCCCCGACAAGGCCACGCUGAUCCGUCACCUGCGGACGCACAGCGGGGAGCGGCCCUACGUCUGCCGCCUCUGCCACUACCCCUUCACCGUCAAGGCCAACUGCGAGCGUCACCUGCGCAAGAAGCACAUGAAGAACACCCGUAAAGAGAUCGAGAAGAACAUCGAGUACGUGACGUCCUCGGGUUCAAGUGGCACCAUCGGCUCGGCGACGCUGGACCUCCUGGAGCCGGCAGGUGCCAGCACCACCGUCUGCCGGUACUGCGGAGAAGAUCUCAAAAACUACAGGGCGCUUCAGAUCCAUCUGCGUACCCACAACGGCUGCCAGCGCAAGCCGUUCGAGUGCCGACAGUGCGGAGCAGCCUUCCUGGCCAAGAGGAACUGCAUUCAUCACCUGCUGAAAUGCCACCCUGAGGUCCCAGAGAGGGAGAUCGAGGAGCACAUCACUGCUCUGACGCCGGUUAUGCCUGCCACCACUGUUCAGGGCAACCAGCCCCUGUCCUCCUCAAACGGGCUCUUCACAGGAACCUCUCCUCAGUCGGUCAAACACGUCACCAGCUCAUACACUCUCAGUGCCGAUCAGGACCAGCCUCUCGACUUCUCCAACAAGUCUAAUAACGUUGCCAUCAAACGGGAGGCGGCACCUUCGCCACAACCCUCAACUUAUGACUGCUCCAUGGAGCCAAUUGACCUCUCCAUUAAGAAGGAGAAGAAGAAGAUGAAGCGAGAGGUGGCCGACCCUGUGCCCAUCCCUUUGGCACUGGCGGAUAUCAAGAAGGAGCUGCCCUCCUCCAGCACGCACAAAGCGCCCGAGGAGAGCCCCAUCCUUCAGAGGCCUUUUCAGAUAUCUCCUCCGCUGCUGGUCUCCGCUCUCAACACUGAGCAACCCAAGUCCACCACGAGGCUGAAGCCGCUGUUGCCCAAACCAAGUGUGGUGCCUAGCACCGCUGAACUCGCCCCUCUCGCUUCAAUCGCUCAGAUCAUCUCCUCUGUGUCUGCUGCCCCGGCACUGCUCAAAGCAGCCAGGAGCAGCAGCAGCAGCAGCAGCAGCAGCAGCCCCUGCAUGGCAGAGAGCAGCAGAGGACUGGUGGAUGUGGAGGCCUUGAAUGACAAGGCUCUGGCUGGCACGAUUAGCCCGGACCCGAUUGUGGAGGACUCUGUCACAGGGAACUCGAAGAAGAAGAAAGGCAGGAAGCGAUCUGCCUCCGAGGGAAUCGACGACAGCGGCCUGGUCAUGGCCAGCAUGCUGGACCUGGAGUCCAGCGGGGAGUUUCCCAGCGUGGAGAAGAUGCUAGCCACCACGGAUGCUAACAAGUUCAGCCCUUAUUUGCGAAGCCCGGUGGAACUCCUGCCGGAGGAGAUGGAGAGAGAGAGGCAGUCCACCAGCGAAGAAGAGAAAGAAGGGCAUAGGGAGAGACCGAGGCAACGACCUCAGAGCAAAGGGAAGAAGAAUGCCUACUCCAAUUCAGUGCAGAAGAUGACCUGCCCUUACUGUCCACGGGUGUUUCCUUGGGCUAGCUCGUUGCAGAGACACAUGCUAACACAUACAGGUCAGAAGCCAUAUCCAUGUCCACAGUGUGAUGCAUUCUUCUCCACCAAGUCCAACUGUGAGCGCCACUUGCUCCGCAAACACGGCCUCACCAGUCGCCUGCUUCAGAACGGCGGGUUGCGCUCCAAAUCCAGAGGAGAGGAUGGCUCCCAAGGAAGUGCAGAGAGCAUGUCCGACACAGAGCAAGGAUCCGCAGAUGCUGGGGACGCGUACCCUACCUCUGAAGGGUCCAAAGGCAGCGGUGAGGCCCAGGAGCCCACUCUGCAGGAGCAGCUCACAGCCUCAGAGCAGAGGAGGGCCCAGAGAGGGUCGGACGACGCCGACGACAGCAAGACGGACGACAUGGAGAGCACGGCCGUCGAGGACAGCGACGACACCGGGAGCAACAAAAGCCUGGAUGUGAAUCUGGCCUGCAAGCUCAUCGACUUCAAGCUGUCGCCAGGCGGACAGCAGGAGCUGGAGGGCAGCUCCGCGGACGAGUUUCAGCACACCUGCCCCACCUGCAAGAAGAGCUUCCGCCACGCCACCACCCUCAACCGCCAUCAGAAGUCCCAUCAGCAGGAGAUCCAGGCGGAAGAGCCUGCGAAGAAGAAGGUGCGUCCGCCGAGACAGACUCCCAGCACCUCUCCUAAAGCGGAGAAGGAACGGGACGGAGGAACCCCGGAAAAAGACGCGAACGGCAGCAGCGUGGAGACCUCCGGGGCCGAGGAGGACGAGAGAGAAAAGGACCAAGAGGACAGGAGCGAUGAGGACGAGGACAGCGGUUCCUCCGAGUAUAAGGGCGGGGACGGUGAGCACGGAUCCGCGGGCAAAACAGACAAGAGGAAGAAAGUCUGUAACAUGUGCAACAAGCGGUUCUGGAGCCUUCAGGACCUGACCAGACAUAUGCGUUCACACACAGGUGAGAGGCCAUUUAAAUGCCAAACCUGCGAGCGGACUUUCACCCUAAAGCACAGCCUAGUGAGGCAUCAGCGCAUCCACCAGAAGCCUCAGGACAGCAAGGAGAUGGAUGCCGAGGACGAGGACGAGGAGAUGAACGAGGCCCUGAUGAGGGAUGAACUGGGCUCGGAGGAGGGAGAGGGUUUCCCCGGCGCUUCUGGAAGUGAGAGUGAAUUCACCCCCUGCAGCACCAACCCUGCUGAGAAAGAGAGCGAGAAGGAGUCAGCGGAUAACCAUGAAGCUGAAAAAGGAGAGGAGAAACAAGAAGAAGAAGAAGAAGAAGAAGAAGAAGAGGAGGAGGAGGAGGAAGAAGAAGAGGAGGAGAAGGAGGAGGAGGAAGAAGAAGAGGGGGAGAAGGAGGAGGCAGCAGCGGCAGUGGUGAUUGGGGAGAAAAAGGAAGAGGAAGCAGGAGAAGCACUUGUGGAUGAAACAGGGGUGUCAUCAGAGGAGCCCUUGAAAGAGUCUAAAGCCAAUAGUGUUUCCUCAGAAAGCCUGCCAGGUGGCGCUAGUGAGUCCUGUCAGGGCCAAGCUGAUGACAUGGCAGAGGCUGAGAAACAAGAAGAGCCCACUCAGUGAGUGGAGAAUCAGCUAGACUGCUGUGGGCUCUGGCCCAAUCAUAGGUAGUCUUGUUCUUGUGCCAAAUGACAGAACUGGUGCAAAAUGGGUUGGGGUUCUGAUGUUGUUUAGUACUUUUUUUCAUUUUAUCUCUCAGCUAUGGGAAAAUGAAAACCGUUCAAAGAUCAUUUUAAGAGUGCCUUCAUAAUUUUUUUCCCAGAUGAGAUCAUUUUCUAUUAACUGGAGAGAAUUUUUACAAAUAUUUUAAAUUUUUUGAUUAUAAUUUCGAAAUGAAAUGAUAAUCCAGCAUUUAUAUCACAUUCUAUUUGUAUAAAUAAUAUUGAGGAGAGAUAUAGAAACAUUUAAAAUGUAUUAUUCACAAAUGAAAAAUUCCAUUUUGUUUUUAGUAUUAAGGAGACCUUUGGCUUGAAUGUGUUUUUGUCUCAUGUGGGACAAGGCAGACCUGAAGUGCCUGGGACAUUUGCGUCAUCUUUGAAUUAGCAGAUGCUCAUUGGAGGAGUUGGACCGGUGGAAGAAAACACGAAAUGCUAAGACGCUCAGUUUAUAAUUGAACAAAUUCUGACAGUUCACUGAUGGAACAUUUUUGGGCAAUAUUUGCUCUUCUUUGAGCCAUUCAGAUGGAGAAAAUCCCAGCUGUGGACAAGCUUUUGUGAGACUGUUCCCCCUGGUGGCUGGGAUCGCCACGCUUUAUGUCAAGACACUAGCUGUGAUACUUGGUCUUGCAGCUAGGAAGACCGUGUGUAUGUUUAUGUGUGUGUGUGUGUUUGUCUGGGUGAAAAUUCAGUGUGUAUUAGACACCAGCGUGUGUUUGACAACAAUAAGUAUUUCAUUACUGUGUUAACUGAAGUGCACUGCGUGCAUCUGUUUAAUGCUGUUUUUGAGCUGGAAGGGUUCGCUUAUAUUUUGUUGUUGUGUGCCCUGCUGGCCUUGUUGCCUUACAGAAUAUGCCUUCAUUUGUACUGCAGUCUUUAAUAUUAACAAAAAUCCUUUUUAGUAGCUAACAUAAUAACCUCAGUAGCUAACGAAACAAACCUCAAGAUGUCUGUCGGCUGAGGCUGAUAAUGUGUAGGUUAUGGCUGGAGUGUUAAGUGACACGUGUGUUGGCAAAGAAAGCCCAAUUCUGUGAGUUGAAUGAGUUAUGGAGCUGCAUAAAUGUCCAGUCCUGCAUGGUCAACAGUGUAAACAGUAAUAUGCAGCAUUUCAGAUGAACAGAUGGGCUGUGUUCUGAAGCAAGUAAAGGUAUACUAAAGCAUAGCAUCUUCCAUUAAAAUCCUUCUUAAUUGAACAGAGAAGUGGUGGAUAAGGACACUCCUUUGGCCAAUACUUUGGCUAAUUGUCUUGCAUAUUUCUGCAACACAAAACAGAAGGCAUUGUUGAUUCACCCUUGGACUGUAUUUGUUUUUGAAAAUAAGUUUAUCUGUCUUCUUUGUGUUCGUGUGUGUGUGUUCGUGUGCGUAUGUGUGAGCUUGCAUGGUAACAGCUAGUCUGAUAAUAAAAAAACACACUGAAUUGUUUUAAUCUAUUUAUUGGGGAAACUAGAAAGCGGUAAAAGCAAUCCUGAGAAGCCAUGAGAUCACGUUCAUGCUGCUAAGAGGGGUUGGAGAGAUGGAGUGACGUUUGGAUUUUCUAUUAGCCGUACGUGUAAUGGGUUCUGAAGCAUGAGAUACUGUAUAGGCCUUAAAUUACAUUUGUUAAUUUGUCUUGUUUUGUUGCAAUUAAUUGAACUCUAAUACUAAAAAUGCUUACAAAAAUAAGGUAUUGAAAUGAGUUUUCGUAGACAUGUUUAAGUUUGGACCUUAGAAUAGUUUUUGCAUGUUAUUCUAUCAUUUGGUUCUUUUGUCAGAUCUCUUUCUCAGGGGCUUUUCUGAAUAUGCAUACUCUAUGUUAUCAUUAUUUUGUUGGGGAAAUCCAUGAUCUUUAUUAUAGUGAGAAAAUCAAUCACUACAAUUACAUGUGCACUUGACUGUGAAUUUGUUCAGGAAAGUUUGCCAAUGGCUUCAUCUCAGCUUAUUUUUGUCUCCUGCCUUCAUCUUUUCUUGUAGCCUAUCCAAAUUGGCUGUUUAAAUCACCAUACAAUAUGUUAAACAAGUGUGCUUGAAACAUCUUGGAUCUGUCAUGGUUUGAUUUUCUAUUUUUCCUUUCCUCUGUACAGGCUCUUUGUAUAAUGUUAUUCUUUGUUGAAAUCAUUUAAACAAUAAAUGUACACUAAGAAAGA